GCUGAUGAUUCAGAAGCGCGCGAGUGUUCGGAGGAGACGCUCACUGCAAACAGCGGAGUUUGAACUGAACUGAAAACAGACAUAACACAUUACCAUGGAUAUGUUUUGCUGAGGCGGCUUACUGAAGCAGCUGAAGAUAUCACUUGCUUGUUUUUAGAGUUUUCAUCCGUGUGAAAACCGACAAUGUUGGAUAAAAGGAUCGUUGACCUGCGUUUGGAUCAGCUGGAAGGCGUGAGAGCAAAAAAUGGGAAAGACAACUUUGAGAAGCAAUACAAGAUGGGAACGCUCCUUGGAAGCGGCGGGUUCGGUUCUGUGUUCUCCGGACAGCGCAUUUCAGACGGACAACAGGUCGCUAUUAAACAAAUAUCCCGUGAUAGAAUUCAGCAAUGGGCCAAAGUGCCUGGUAUAGCAAGUGCAGUCCCCGUGGAGAUCGCUCUCCUCCUGUGUCUGGGUGGAGGGUCGGGGUCGGGUCACCGCGGCAUCAUCCGGAUGCUCGACUGGUUUGAGGUGCCCGGUCAGGGAUACCUCAUCGUGUUUGAGAAACCCCAACACUGCCAGGACCUGUUUGACUUCAUCACUGAACGCGGGGCCCUGGCGGAGCCCGUCGCACAGAGGUUCUUCAAACAGGUCAUCGAAGCCCUGCAGUUCUGCCACUCCAAGGGAAUUGUGCAUAGAGACAUCAAAGAUGAGAACAUCCUCGUCGACACCCGCACCGGAGACAUCAAAAUCAUUGACUUUGGAUCUGGUGCCGUGCUGAAGGACUCCAUCUACACUGACUUUGAAGGAACUAGAGUCUACAGUCCACCAGAGUGGAUCCAGCAGCAGCGUUACAGCGCCCGUCCGCUCACCGUGUGGUCUCUGGGCGUACUUCUGUUUGACAUGGUGUGUGGAGACAUUCCCUUCGAGCGGGACGUCGACAUCGUUAAUGCCACGCCGAGUUUCACUAAACGCAUCUCCAAAGAAUGCCAGUCUCUGAUUCGCUGGUGCCUUUCGUACAGGCCGGAGGACCGGCCCAGUUUGGAGCAGAUUUUGCAGCAUCCUUGGAUGACGGAGAGCUCUGAGGACAUUGGAGAUUUGCAAGCGGAAAGCAAUAUUAAUCCAAGCCUUUAAAUCCUGAAGGACUUUGGACUCGAAUCAGAACUUUCACACACACUGUUUUGUUUUACACUGGACUUCCUGAACUCUAGUUGCUGGCUUCUGGAUUCUUCCUUAUUUAUUUAUUUUUUUGUUUGGCUGCCUUCAAGGUUCGUGUCGUUUCUUACGGGAUCUACGCUUCAGAGACCCCGAAAUAGCCCUGGAUUGCUGCAGGUUUACUUCAUGAAUGAAUUUUUCCCAUGACUACAAGCAUCACAGUUCCCUUUUUUGGUUUUAACUUAUUGCUGAUUAUUUAUUUUUUUCAGCUGUGUACUAAUUUAUUUUUGCAGGAAGUUUCAGAAGCCGCAAACUGCGUUUCUCGUUUAUUGGUUGUUUUUGAAGUUCUAACUGACUUAAGUGACAGUAGGUGGACUUGCAGUUAUUUACCAGACCUGGUUUUACAGGUUUUUUGUUGUACAGUGAUAUUCUGUCCCUGUUCUAAGGGAUCUCAAAAAGACUUUGGAUCUGCUUUCCAGUCUUUUGACGGGAGGCCUGGCGGAACAAUAAUUCAGGCUCACGUGGAUCUGUUCCCAUUUAUCAACACACACUCUCAAAGAAGGUGCGACAGAAUAGAAGAGGAACAUUCCUGUGGAUCCUGUUUACUCUAAAUGAACCAAUUCCCUAGAUGGAUUCCUCAGAGCCAUUACUAAGCCGGCUUUUGGUUUCUGUGUCUAUUGUUUGCGUAAGACCUGCGCUGUAACUUAAAGAAUGUUGUCAGGACGCUCUGUACUGAACCCACUCAGAUGUGAGUCGUUUUGUGGGAAAUUCCCAAAGGUCAGCAUGUUAACUAAUGUCAUGAGGGUUUCAACCACUAACCCACUGUUGAUGUUUACUUAAAAGGGCCUGUGGGCUUUUCCCGAUUGUUUGAUUUCAUUGUAACACACCAAAGAGAUCUGCCUUACUCACGCGUGUGAGGUAAACAUGCCUAAUGCCAAAUGAAUUUGAUGUGGACCUGGAAAUUUGUCAAGGUUCCACAAGUGCAAAAUGUUUGAUUUGAGACUUUCAAACUGAAUGUAGGUGAAUCGGACCUUUCCCAACACAACUUGUAAUGCACCCAUGUGAACACUGGGGUAUUUUCCUUCAUUCUUUCUUACGAAGAAAAAAAAAAUCCUUGCGGUUUUCGCUUGGGUUGGCACAACAGUUUAGCUGUAAAUACUUGUGUAUUCAACAAUGUGCUGUGGCUGUUGCCACGUGAUGUUUAAUUUAAGAGAUUCUAUGAAUAAAAAAUAUAGAUGUGAAUUAUCUAUAUUUUAAGAAACA